AUGUCUCCUAAGCAUACACAGAUGCCCCUUGCAGAAACACAUAUCCUAGAUGAGGACGAGUUCACGGAAAGACUCGAUGGGAUUAUUGAGCGGGACUUUUUCCCUGACUUGAAGCAGCUGAGAGCCGAAAAUCGAGCGUUAGAAAUAGGAGCAGAUGUUGCUAAGCCUGAUGUUUCAGAUACAAAAGUCAGCGUUUCCUUGGGUGAAUUUCUAGAUACCUAUACUAGCGAGGACAGCGCAAGCUUUAAACGGCUUUUACAAAUCGAGAACAAGAGCCGGAAUGAGCCGGCGAACGAAGGCGUCUGGACCAGGCAGCGGCACCUCUAACCAAUUAGCCCCAGGCACCAAUAAUGGCCAGCGC